UAUCCAAGUAAUUGUUACGAGUGUAAACAAUUAUUAGAGUAGUUUAAAACCAGAAAAUAAUAAUAAUAUAAAACAAUAAAUAUUUUCUAAUAAAGUAAAUAAAUAUAUAUAAAUACAAUAAAUAAAAAUGUGUAUAGUAUAAAUAAAUAGAUAAACAUGAUUUGGUUAAUGUAUUUGAUUAUUGUCAAUUUUUUUUAUUUUAAAUGUUUUGCAACAACACAAUCUCAAGGUUAUUGUGCUAUGUAUACUGGUAAAAUAUGUAAAAAAUAUUUAACUGGAAUAGGUAAAGUUUGGUUUAAUGAUACUACUGAUAAUCCUGGUGGCUGGAUGAAUGAAAAAAUAACAACCGAUUUAUGGGAAGAAUUAAUUUCAACUUUAAAAGAACCAUGUCGUUCUGCUGCUGAGAAAAUGCUGUGUAUGUAUGCAUUCCCACUCUGUCAUAAUUCAGAACGUUUACCUCUUUGUUAUGAAGACUGUAUGGCAAUACGUCAUGAGUUUUGUUUCAAUGAUUGGGCUUUAAUUGAAGACAAUAAACAACGAGGAAUUUAUAUACGUUCUCGUGGGCAUUUUCGUUUACCAGAUUGUGAAAUUUUGCCAAAAUUAGACGAAACAUCAAUUGUCUGCUCUCAUAUACAUCUUACUGAUGUUAAUCAAGAUUUGGUUACCUACGAUUGUGUGAUCGAAAAUGGACGUUAUUAUAUGGGUAAAAUGAAUAAAACUAAAAAUGGUCUUGAUUGUCAGUCAUGGAAUGUACAAGAGCCUCAUAGUCACAAUAAGCCACCAAAUGUAUUUCCUCAAAUUCGUCAUGGAGAAAAUUACUGUCGUAAUGCUGGUGGUGAUGAAAGGAUGCCAUGGUGUUUUACUAUGGAUCCAUCAGUUCGUUGGCAACAUUGUGAUAUACCUAUUUGUGACAAUUCAUCAGAUUUUGUAUGGGAAACAGAACGUAAAAACAUAACUAUGGAAACAGUAUUUACUCCGACAUUUACAAUGGUACUAUCAGCUUUAGGAUUUAUUGUAAUAGUUGGUUCACUAUUGGCAAUAUUUUUAAGUCAAAAAUUAAAAAAACAUCCUAUUGGUUACAAUCCACCAGAAAUAAGAGAUGUCAAUAUUGAUUUAGAUAAACUACCAAGUAACGAUGCUUAUCAUAAAACUGGUGCUCAACUUAAUCCAAAACUCGAAAAGCUUGAAUUCCCACGGAACAAUAUUAUUUAUGUUCGGGAUCUAGGACAGGGAGCAUUUGGCCGAGUAUUCCAAGCUAAAGCACCUGGAUUGAUUCCCAAUGAAGAAUUUACCAAUGUUGCGGUUAAAAUGUUAAAAGAAGAAGCUUCUGAUGAUCUUUUAGUAGAUUUUGAACGUGAAGCUUGUUUAUUAGCAGAGUUUGAUCAUCCAAAUAUCGUUAAAUUGUUGGGUGUUUGUGCUUUAGGGCGACCAAUGUGUUUGCUUUUCGAGUAUAUGGGACGUGGCGAUUUAAAUGAAUUUUUACGUUCAUGUUCACCAGAUUCGUCUGCUGUAAUAAUUAAUUCAAGUAUUAAUUUAAAUAAUCAAAAUAAUAUUUCAACGAAUUUGAAACUUUCUCAUAUGGAUUUAAUAAAUAUUGCACGACAAGUAGCUAAAGGAAUGGUUUAUUUAUCAGACCGUAAAUUUGUUCAUCGUGAUCUUGCAACUCGUAAUUGUUUAAUAAAUAAUGAAAUGAUUGUAAAGAUUGCAGACUUUGGUUUAUCACAAAAAAUUUAUCUACAAGAUUACUACAAAGGUGAUGAUUCAGAUGCCAUACCUGUUAGAUGGAUGCCUUUGGAAAGUAUUUUGUAUAAUAAAUAUACUAUUGAAUCAGAUGUAUGGGCAUUUGCAGUAUGUCUAUGGGAAAUAUUUAGUUUUGCAUUGCAACCAUACUAUGGAAUGACACACGAGGAAGUUGUUAAAUAUAUUAAAGAAGGAAAUGUUUUGGGAUGUCCUGACAAUACACCACAUGAUGUUUAUGAAUUGAUGAAGGCCUGUUGGAAUAGAAAACCCACUGAUAGACCGGCUUUUAGAAAAAUUCAUGAAAAAUUGGAAUUAAUUAAAGCAAGAUUGGAGAAAGACAAUAAAGAGGAUAGUAUUGCGUUACAUAUUAGGGUUUGAUUUUUAUAAUUUUUAAAAUUUAUUUAACACUUAAU